UUCCUCUCCUGGACCAUGCAAAAAGACCUCAUUCUGGUCUUGACGUUACUCAUCUUCUUCCCAUUUAACUUUGUUCUCAUCUUUCAACGCUCACUUUUAUCACUUCGGGAUCUCCGGCAUCGGCAAGCAGUCACAAAACCUGCAAGAAACUCCGGCAGCUCCGCCGCUUUGACGUCUAAUCCACUUGAUGACCUUUCUCUUCCUACGUUUAUCUUCAAAAUGUAGAAAUUUAACCAAAAAAGUGAUACAUCAGAACAAAGAGAGAGAAAGCAGAGAAGAUCCCUUUAAGCUUGAAGACGGGCAAUGGAGACACCCAAAGAGCAACAAACAAAGAAGGCAAUACCAAUAGCAAAGAAAAACAGCAAUAUUGCUUUUCCAGUUAUGACAUGGGGAAUCAGGAACCAUUUUCAGUCCAUUGGAGUCCUUGUAACCCUUUUAGUCCUUGCCACCAUCUACCUCACAGGAAACAACAACCUGCGGUCCUCUCAUGACAGUCCUGCAACACAUAAGAAUGCCGGCGACUCGCCGUCCCAAUGCAAUUUGUUUUCCGGCAAAUGGGUUUUCGAUAACUCCUCACACCCUCUAUACUCCGGGAAGCAAUGCACUUACAUGUCAGAUGAAGUGGCUUGUGAGAAGUUUGGGAGGAAGGACUUGAGUUAUCAGAAUUGGAGGUGGCAACCACACCAAUGUGACCUCCCAAGGUUCAAUGCCACGGCUUUGCUGGAGAUACUGAGAGGGAAAAGGCUUGUUUAUGUUGGGGAUUCCCUUAAUAGAGGUCAAUGGGUAUCUAUGGUUUGUCUUGUAGAGUCUUCAAUCCCUCGUUCACAGAAGUCCAUGCAUAGUAAUGGAUCUUUGAACACCUUCAAGGCUAUUGAGUAUAAUGCAACAAUAGAGUUCUAUUGGUCUCCUCUUUUGUUGGAAUCAAACUCAGAUCAUCCAUAUAACCAUCGUGUAGCUGAUCGAAUUGUCAGAAUCAAAGCAAUUGAGAAGCACGCAAGAUACUGGACAGAUGCAGAUAUACUUGUCUUUAACUCCUACCUUUGGUGGAGAAGACCCACAAUGAAGCUCUUGUGGGGCUCUUUUGAUAGAUCUGAUGGAAUCUAUAAAGAGGUAGAGAUCCUGCGCAGCUAUAAAAUGGCACUACAGACGUGGUCGGACUGGCUGGAUAUGCAUGUGAACCGAAACAAGACCCAGUUAUUCUUUGUUAGCAUGUCCCCCACACACUCGAGGAAGAGUGAAUGGAGUAAUGAAAGAGGAGGGAACUGUUACAAUGAGACAAAGAUGAUAACAAAAGAAGGAUACUGGGGAGAAGGUUCAGAUCCAAAGAUGAUGAGGUUAGUGGAGGCGGCGAUAGAGGAGUUAGGGAAGAGAGGAUUAACGGUGAAGAUGCUGAAUAUCACACAGAUGUCGGAGUACCGGAAAGAAGCCCACCCUUCUAUAUACAGAAAGCAAUGGGACCUUCUCACCCAGAGACAAAUCUCUAACCCUUCUUCCUACGCUGACUGUAAUCAUUGGUGCCUACCCGGUGUACCAGAUAACUGGAAUGAGCUUCUCUACACCCUCCUCCUCCCUUCUUCUUCUUCAUGAUACCGAGUUUCCAAAGUGGAAGCCCAAAGUUGUAGUUGUAAUUUGUAACAAAAUACGGAGUAACAGCAAUUGUGAAAUUUUAUUUGGAAGGUAA